UGUCCCUUUACAGCUGACGCUUUCGCCAUCUUGACAUGAACAUAAACAUUGAUGCCCUCUGAUCAGUUAUCGUAUCAUAAGCUCUGAACACCGCAAAUUGACAGCGUAGUGCCAAAACAGACUUAAUAGCGUGUUGCGACGUCGUGAGAACACGAUCUAGAUGUUUAGAAGAUCACUGCGCACAUAGCUGAACAUACAUGUUUGUAUAAUGUGUGUCUCUUGAGCACCUGAAUGAGGGAUGGGAGACGCGGGAGGACCCCCGUCCGCAGACUGAGGGUGAGAGAGCCUUACUGUAGGUUAAAGUGUGGAUAUGGACCAGGACUAUGAAAGACGCCUGUUAAGGCAAAUUAACCACCAGAAUGUCCCAGAGGGCCACCUGUCCAAGUCAGGGUAUGCAUCAUGCAGUCCCGUUACUGUCAAAUCAGGAGACAGAUUCAUCCCCACCCGUGCCGGGAGCAACUGGAGCAUAAACUUCCACUAUGCGAAUGAGAACUGUUGGUCACCCAAUCAGAAUCAGCGGUCAAAGGAUGCCGGUACAGACACGGGGAAAGAUGCUGUGGCGUAUGCUGCACUGUUGAGGAAUGAGCUGUUGGGAGCAGGAAUUGAAACUGUGCAUGACCCUCACACAGAUGACCGUCGACACACCAUACUCACACAGGACACACACAGCCUCUUCAGGUACACUAUCCACACAAAGAGAGUGCCUUUUGACAAUGAGAUCUCCCCAUACUCCCUCUCACCUCUCAGUAAUAAAAGUCACAAACUAUUGCGUUCACCUCGAAAGCCGGCACGCAAGAUUUCUAAGAUCCCAUUUAAGGUUCUUGAUGCACCAGAGUUGCAGGAUGACUUCUACCUCAAUCUGGUGGACUGGUCAGCUGGAAAUCUCUUGAGUGUUGGUUUGGGGGCUUGUGUUUAUCUGUGGAGUGCCUGCACCAGUCAGGUGACAAGGUUGUGUGACUUAUCAGUGGACGGAGACUCUGUGACAUCGGUGUGUUGGAAUGAAAGGGGAGGUUUGGUGGCUGUAGGGACCCAUAAGGGAUUCGUACAGAUUUGGGAUGCAGCCGGAGGGAGAAAGUUGACCAGUCUCGAGGGACAUUCAGCACGCGUAGGGGCUCUUGCCUGGAAUGGGGAGCAGCUGUCGUCGGGUAGCCGGGACAGAGUGAUUCUGCAGAGGGAUGUAAGGACACCACCCCCUGUGGAGAGACGCCUUCAAGGUCACAGGCAGGAAGUGUGUGGCCUGAAGUGGUCACCUGACCAUCAGCACCUCGCUUCUGGAGGAAAUGAUAACAAGUUACUUGUGUGGAACAGCUCCAGUUUGCUACCCAUCCAGCAGUACAGCGAUCACCUGGCGGCAGUAAAGGCCAUCGCUUGGUCUCCUCACCAGCACGGCUUGCUGGCCUCCGGAGGAGGAACGGCCGACCGCUGCCUUCGCUUCUGGAACACUCUAACCGGCCAGGCAUUACAGAGUACAGAUACCGGCUCGCAGGUCUGCAACCUCGCCUGGUCCAAACAUGCCAACGAACUGGUCAGCACACAUGGCUACUCUCAGAAUCAGAUCCUGGUGUGGAAAUACCCAUCACUCACACAGGUGACCAAGCUCACAGGACAUUCGUACCGAGUGCUGUACUUGGCGGUGUCUCCAGAUGGUGAGGCUAUCGUAACAGGAGCAGGAGACGAGACGCUGAGGUUCUGGAAUGUCUUCAGCAAAACACGCUGCACCAAGGAAUCCAAAUCAGUGUUGAACCUCUUCACCAGGAUACGGUAAUUAACCCCUGGAAGGAAUCCAUCCAAUGAUAAUCGCGUGAAACAAAAGAAAGCCUUGAACUCGCUCUUACUGUGUAUGUGCGUCAAUUCUAGACCCUCCAGCAGAGGGAGACAGACCCCGGCAUCACCUCCACUCUCACUUUUUUACUGAGCUGAUUUUUCUUUUAAACCCCGUCUUUCACUAAAGCUGUAUGCCCAAUGAAUUAGGGCUCAUUGUUUACGUUACAGUCUGGUCAUUUCUUAUUACUGUACAUUGUGGAUGUCCAAACAGAUGUGCUAUUGUAUAAGUAGAAGUAUUAAUAGAGAAAUUAACCUAUAUGACCUAUAUUGUCAUAUCAUGUCAGUAGUCAUGAGGUUAUACAGAAAUGGCUUGUUAUGAGAAUUUCAAUAUUUUAUAUGUGUGUCUAA